AUUUCUAUCUGUCAAAUCAAAAAAAACACGCGCCCGCUAAACGUUUAGAAAAGUUAUUAUUUUAUUUUACUGCCCUCAGUGAAGCACCUAGCCGAGAGGUUGCAUUAAAAGUUUUCAUUUAAUUAAACAAACAACUAUCCAAAAAAAAUCAUUCAUCAUGACCGAAGAAGUUAAUCCAAAGGCGUUCCCACUUGCUGACGCACAAUUGACCAGCAAGAUUAUGAACCUUUUGCAGCAGGCUCUUAACUACAAUCAACUACGUAAAGGUGCCAAUGAAGCUACCAAAACUCUGAAUCGUGGAUUAGCUGAUAUUAUUGUUAUGGCUGCUGAUGCGGAGCCCAUUGAAAUUCUAUUGCAUUUGCCAUUGUUGUGCGAAGACAAGAACGUUCCGUAUGUGUUCGUUCGCUCAAAGCAAGCUCUGGGUAGGGCAUGUGGUGUUUCGAGGCCAAUUGUCUCGUGUUCGGUGACAACAAACGAAGGGUCUCAAUUAAAGUCGCAAAUUACUUCGAUUCAACAAGAAAUCGAAAGGCUUUUAGUUUAAGUAAUUCUAAGAGAAGAAUGUACAAAUUUUCAAACCUUCUAAAAGUUCGUAAUAAACGAACAGAAUUUUUAUUUUUUUAAAUAAAUGGAAUAACAAAA